AUUUACAGAGGAAGCGUAUUAACGCGGAGCGAUUUCGAUCUUCUCUGAAAACUCUUUCAUUGCUUCGCAAAUCUAGGGUUUCCUAAUUGUCUAUUACUUACACGAAUUUCAGAACAAUUUCCCGGAUUUCCUGUUUUCCGAUAUCUGAUUUCUUCCGCAGCCAGGCAAAUUUGUUGGUUUAUUCCCGUAUGUUGUGGCGGUGGUGAGAAUUUGAUCUGGAAAUGUCGGUGAAAGGCGGGAAUGCGUCGUUUAGGGAUCGAACACAGGAGUUUUUACAAAUAGCGGAGAGGAUAAGGAAGUCGAAUUCCCAGCAGAAUGGGCCAAGCAGCAGCGGAUCCAGGCGGGAGGAGCCGCCACGCUCGGCGAUGGCGAGGCAAUCAGAGUUCAAUCGAAGGGCGUCGAAAAUUGGAUUUGGCAUUCAUCAGACAUCGCAGAAGCUAGCCAAGCUUGCGAAACUGGCGAAGAAGACAUCAGUUUUUGAGGACUCCACAAUGGAACUCCAGGAACUCACUGCAGUUAUUAAGCAAGAUAUAACGGCUCUUAAUUCUGCUGUUGUUGAUCUUCAGGUUGUCUGUAAUUCCUUUAAUGAGAGUGGAAAUGUUUCAAGUGACACGAGCAGUCAUUCUACUACAGUUGUUGAUGAUUUGAAGAAUCGUCUCAUGAGUACUACAAAGGAGUUCAAAGAGGUUUUGACCAUGAGAACAGAGAACUUGAAGGUUAAUGAGAACAGAAGAAAAUUGUUUUCUUCUUCUGCUUCAAAAAAUCCUUCUAAUCCUUUUACCCGCCAGCGACCUUUGGCUGCAAAAUCUUCUUCCGGUAAUGCAGCAGCUGCUCCUCCCCUACCAUGGGCUAGCAAUUCCCUAUCAUCGCCAUCAUUCUCAAACGACAGGAACCAGGCAGAUGGCGAGUCUCAGCCGUUGCUUCAGCAGCAAACAGAUCAACAGCAGCAGCAAUUAGUUCCAAUGCAGGACAGCUAUAUGCAGAGUAGAGCCGAAGCACUUCAAAAUGUGGAAUCAACAAUUCACGAGCUUAGCAACAUCUUCAAUCAGCUUGCUACAUUGGUUUCCCAGCAAGGAGAGAUUGCUAUCAGGAUCGAUGAGAACAUGGAUGAUACGGUCGCAAAUGUGGAGGGAGCUCAAGCGGCGCUGCUCAAGUACCUCAACAGCAUCUCAUCGAACCGGUGGCUGAUGAUCAAGAUAUUCUUUGUAUUGGUUUUCUUUCUCAUGAUAUUCCUCUUCUUUGUGGCCUAGUGAGAGAGCCUCGACAAAUUUCAUUCCGGAUGAUCGAUGGAAAAAAAAGGGUAAAAUUCGGAAUUUGGUACUUGAUGGAGGGCUUCUUUAUACUCUCAAAUUUUCCAGAAUUUUGUUGUCUCACAUAUUGUACAUUUGCAGGUUGUGGUUUAUGUCAUGAAAUAAGGGGAUGUUAAUUUCAGUUUACAUGAAGAAUGUUAUAGAAAAAUGAUCAUUUUGGCUUCA